AUGACUGGAAGCUCUUGGAACCAGAUACCUCAGCUACAGUGCUAUGAUUUACAGUACAAUUUAAUUUUCGAAAUGUUCAUCAAAGUUGCUGACGGUGAGAGUGUUAAUGCUGAGACGAUCGAAAUACCUGUUGAAUCGGAUGGUGGUUACGUUUCUCUCUCGACAUUACAAUCGCAAUUUCCAAAUGUUAUUGGUUUAAAGUAUAGAAAUAUAGAUACAAAUGUGUGGAGAGGAGUUCGAGUUUCGGAUCAAAAAUUAUAUCAUCCAGAAAGUGCGUGGCAAACAGAUAUUAUUUACGUUACAGUUUAUCCAAAAGCUUUUGUUCCACUAGCAGAAUAUUCAGAUCGUUCUGCUGAUGUCAAACGCAAAGGUGAUGAAGUUGAGACUGAGAAUUCAUCAGUGUCCAAUCAUAAUUCAAUUAAAAAUCAACGUUUGGAUGGUCUGGAUAAUGAUCCUCGUCGAUGUGUGGAUUUGAUUGUAUUGGGUAUUAAUUACCGUAGCAAGGAAGAAGAUGUACGAAAUUGUUUUAGACAAUAUGGAGAACUCGUUUUUUGUGAAAUAAAGCGUGAUGGAAGUGGAAAUUCGCGUGGUUUCGGUUUUAUUCGUUUCAAAGAUUAUGAAUCACAAUUGAAUGUUUUGAAUAAAAGGCAUUAUAUUGAUGGACGCGCCUGCGAUGUCAAAAUACCGGACUCUAAAAGUCCGGUUCAUGAGCCAGAAUGUGCACGUAAGAUAUUUGUGGCCAGAUUACCUGAUAUAAUUAGUUCAGACGAUUUACAAUGUUAUUUUAAAUCGUAUGGCGAAGUAAUCGAUGUGUAUAUUCCAAAACCAUCCAGAAGUUUUGCAUUUGUUACAUUCAAAGAUUCAACGGUAGUACCUUCGUUGUAUGGUGAUCAUUUUAUUAAUGGAUGCAGUGUUCAUGUUGGGCCAGCUGAACCGAAAAAUAAACCAAAUGAAAAUCAAUUUAAACGUUCUAAACAAGAUCAUCAUUCACUUCAACGCUCAUCUUUAGUUCAUACUCAACCUCAUACACCUGUUGUUCCUCAUCAAUAUCAUGCACAUCACCAUCAUUCACCAACUGCUCAAGGAGCAAAUAAUGAUAUGUUAAUGAAUAUGAUCAAUCCCGCUUUGAUGCAAGCAUUUUUAUCACAGUUUCAAGCUGCACAACAGCAACAACAAGCACAAAAAGGUUAUGACUGGUCUACGGAUCCUGCCUCGCUUGCUUAUGCUAGACAUAAAUAUGCCAGUACAGACAAUGAUGCAUGGCAAACAAAUCAACGCAAUUUAUAUCGUUAA